UGUCAGAGGUACAUCAGCUGGUCGGAAUGUGCUGCAGUGACCUGUGUUCCAACUCCUCCGUAAUCACGGACCAGCUGUCCCUGGACAUCGUUCGUCGCCUGAUGCCCCUGAAGAACCUGCCAACCAACAAGGAUUUCCACCAGAUAAACGCCCUCCUAGGUACUUCGGAUGUAAAAACAGUUCGAAAAAUAAUGGACGCAGUAUCUCUCAUCCAAUCGAUGCUCACCGAGGACGAGCUGGCCCUCUUCGACGACUUCAGCGAGCCCUCCCUGAACCCCAAGGCCUUCGGUUCGAGGAUCCCCUACACCCCAAUGAGACGCUGUUCCCCCGAGGACAUUCUUCUCCUCUCCAAUAUGACGCAGGCCGUCUCAAUAACCGCCCCCAAGAGGUUCACAAUGGUCUACACAGGUUCCCAGAAGGAACCCAACGAGUUCCACCACAAGGACUUCCUCAAGUACAUCAAGGAGUCCCACAGGAGGUACUCCACAGAGACGUCCUUCGAGCAGUUCUGUACGAUGAUCGAGAGUUGCCUGAAGAACUCCAGGACAAACGCCCAGGGAGACCUCUACGAUCUCCUCGGUUGCGACCAACUGGACUUCAUCAGCUACAUCCUGAAGCACCGCGACAACGUCGAGAAGUUCUUCACAACCCAGAAGCAACUCUCGAAAGCUGGGGGACCCCUAAAACCCGAAAAACGCCCCGAAUUGAGCUGCCAGGUGAUCGUGCGGUCUCAAAAGGAGAAGGAGCUCUUGAAGCAAGUUAGGAAGGAAGAGAAGAAGUACCUGAAGGCCUCCAACAAGUUCGAGCAGAACGGCGAGGGCUCUGAUGACGACUUUGACCCCUUGACUCUGAGACUAAAACGUCAACUGGCUCUACAAGCCUCGCAGGCACCGAUCUUGGCGCCAGUGAAGCAGAGAUUCCUCGCAGUGACGAGCACCACCGAAAAAUAUCCCUUCGUUUUCGACUGCCAGAAGGACUCCAAGAGAAUUCCAGGGUUCGUCUCGGAACAGAAACUCAUGCUCCCUGAAAACGUGACACGAAAGGACUCGCCACUGUAUGAAGAGGUCCUGAUACCAGUCUCCAGUAAUGAUCUUGACUUCACGUACACUCCAAUAAAGAUCUCCACACUAGAUGAGAUCGGCCAAAUGGCGUUUUCAGGAGUAAAAGAACUGAAUAGAAUCCAGUCGACAGUCUUCAACGCAGCUUACAACAGUGGCGAGAACCUCUUGAUCUGUGCACCCACUGGUGCUGGAAAGACGAACGUUGCUCUUCUCUCAGUGGUCCAUCAGCUGAAGCUCCACCUGGAGAACGGAAUCCUGAAGAAGAACGAAUUUAAAAUCGUUUACAUAGCCCCGAUGAAGGCCCUGGCUGCGGAGAUGACAGCUAGCUUCAACAAACGUCUUGGAUGCCUGGGGGUCACAGUCAGGGAAUUGACGGGGGACAUGCAGCUGACUAAAACAGAGCUCCAGCAGACCCAGAUGAUCGUGACAACUCCAGAGAAGUGGGACGUCGUGACGAGAAAGGGGACUGGGGACAUUGCUUUGACGAGCAUUGUUAAACUCCUGAUCAUCGACGAGGUUCACCUGCUCCACGGGGACAGGGGUCCAGUCGUAGAGGCUUUGGUGGCGAGGACUUUGAGACAGGUUGAAUCCACCCAGAGGAUGAUCAGGAUCGUUGGGCUGUCAGCAACACUACCGAAUUACGUAGAUGUUGCUAGGUUCCUCAGGGUGAACCCCAGGAAAGGGCUCUUCUAUUUUGAUCACAGGUUUCGUCCAGUCCCCCUCAGUCAAACGUUUAUCGGAGUCAAGUCAACGAAACCGAUGCAGCAAAUUCAGGAUAUGGAUCUUGUCUGCUAUCAGCAGGUCGUGGACAUGGUGAGGAAGGGGCACCAGGUGAUGGUCUUCGUGCACGCCAGGAAUGCCACUGUGAGGACUGCCACGAAGAUCAAGGAGCUGGCGCAGCAGAAUGACACCAUCAAGCUGUUCAAGCCUGACGCCGAUUCAAAGCUGACGCAGAAGGCCUUCACCAGCUCCAGGAACAAGUACCUGGGGGAGCUGUUCUCCUACGGGUUCUCAGUGCACCACGCAGGGAUGCUCAGGUCGGACAGGAACAUGGUGGAGAAGGCCUUCAGUCAGGGAUCCAUCAAGGUUCUAGUCUGCACUUCAACGCUUGCUUGGGGGGUCAAUCUCCCUGCGCACGCUGUCAUCAUCAAGGGAACUGAGAUCUACGACUCCAAACAUGGCUCGUUCAUCGAUCUGGGGAUUCUCGAUGUUCUGCAGAUAUUCGGACGCGCGGGGAGACCGCAGUUUGACACCUCUGGACACGCUGUCAUCAUCACGUCACACAAUAAGCUCUCGCAUUACCUGUCGCUGCUGACUAAUCAGUUCCCCAUUGAGAGCAGCUUCAUCACGUAUCUGCCGGACAAUCUCAAUGCCGAGAUCGCCUUGGGGACCAUCUCCAAUGUGGAGGAGGCUGUUGAGUGGCUCGGGUACACGUACCUGUUCGUGAGGAUGAGGCUCAAUCCCAUUCCGUAUGGAAUGCUGUGUCAGGAUGUUCUGGAGGAUCCUAAUCUGGACAAGAAACGAAGGCAGCUGAUUGAUACGGCUGCUAAGCACCUGGAUAAGGCGAAGAUGAUUAGAUACAACUCCCGCACCGGAGACCUGAGUUCAACAGACCUCGGAAGGACCUCCAGCCACUUCUACCUGAAAUACGACACAGUCGAGAUCUUCAACGAGCUGAGCAAGCCUAUAAUGACCGAGACGGAGAUCCUGGGCAUGCUGUGUCGAGCCCAAGAGUUCCAACAACUAAAAGUCCGCGACGACGAGAUGCAAGAGCUGGACGAAUUAACCAAAGAGUACUGUGAACUAGUGGUUCACGGUGGAGCCGAGAACAUCCACGGAAAAGUGAACAUCCUCAUCCAGACGUACCUCUCAAGAGGAAAGCUCACCAGUUUCUCCCUCAUCUCAGACCAGGCCUACAUAAUCCAGAACGCCUUGAGGAUCUCCCGAGCCCUCUUCGAAGUGAUGCUGAGGAAGAACUACGCGACCAUGGCUGCGAGACUCCUGAACAUCGCGAAGAUGCUGGAGGCACAGCAGUGGGACCACGUGACCCCCCUAAGGCAGUACUUCUGCUUGGGCCCGGAGAUAAUCCAGAAGAUGAACGACAGACAGUUGACGAUAAAUCGCUUGAAGGAGAUGGACGUCAGAGAAAUUGGCGAUUACCUCAGGAAUCAGAGGUCAGCAGCUCUCGUGAAGAAAUGCUGCAGUGAAUUUCCCUCGAUUGAGCUGGAGGCCUGCAUCCAACCCAUCACCAGAACAGUAUUGAGGAUAAAACUGAGACUGAAGCCGGAGUUCAGAUGGAACGACUCAGUCCAUGGCAAGAGCUCCGAGGCCUUCUGGAUCUGGAUAGAGGACACUGACACUGACUAUAUCUACCACCACGAGUACUUCCUCCUGACGAAGAAGAUGGUGCUCAGUGGAGAAGGGCAGGAGCUGGUGAUGACGAUUCCACUGCCAGAGCCCCAUCCCACCCAGUACAUUGUCAAGGCCAUCAGCGAUCGUUGGCUGGGCUGCGAGCAGCUCCUGGCACUUAACCCUCAAGAUCUGGUGCUGCCAGAGACUCAUCCCCCUCACACGGACCUCCUGGAGCUCCAGCCACUGCCAGUGGCAGCACUGAGGGAUCCUGGCUUCGAGAAACUCUACAACUUCACUCACUUCAAUCCUAUUCAGACACAGAUAUUCCACUGCCUUUAUCACACUGAUAAUAAUGUCCUGCUGGGGGCGCCCACAGGAUCUGGAAAGACCAUUGCUGCUGAGGUAGCCAUGUUCAGAGUGUUCAAGCAAUAUCCAGACAGGAAAGUCGUUUACAUAGCUCCACUGAAGGCCCUCGUUCGCGAGAGGAUGAAGGACUGGACGAUUCGACUCGAGGAGAAGCUGAAGAAGAGAGUUGUUGAGCUGACUGGAGAUGUCACUCCGGACAUCAGGCAGAUUGCCAAGGCAGAUGUCAUUGUGACGACUCCGGAGAAGUGGGAUGGCAUCAGCAGGAGUUGGCAGACGAGGAACUACGUGAAGAAGGUGGCCUUGAUCAUCAUCGAUGAGAUUCAUCUGCUGGGGGAGGACAGGGGACCGGUUCUCGAGGUGAUCGUCUCCAGGACCAACUUCAUAGCUUCACAUACGGAGAGGACUCUCAGGAUCGUUGGGCUGUCCACGGCUCUGGCGAAUGCUAUCGAUCUCGCCAGUUGGCUCAACAUCGACAAGAUGGGAUUGUACAAUUUCAGGCCUUCGGUGCGGCCUGUUCCCCUGGAGGUUCACAUCAGUGGCUUCCCGGGCAAGCACUACUGCCCCAGGAUGGCGACCAUGAACCGUCCAACGUUCCAAGCGAUCAGGCAGCACGCGCCAUCAAGUCCCUCCCUGGUGUUCGUGUCCUCCCGAAGGCAGACGAGACUGACAGCCCUGGACCUCAUAGCCUACCUCGCUGCUGAGGACAACCCCAAGCAAUGGUUGCACAUGCCAGACGAGGAGAUGGACAACAUCGUGGUGAACAUUAAGGACGUGAACCUGAAGCUGACCCUAGCCUUCGGCAUUGGCCUCCACCACGCAGGGCUCCAGGACAAGGAUCGUCAGACUGUCGAGGAACUAUUCGUCAACAACAAGAUUCAAGUGCUGAUAACAACAGCCACUCUAGCCUGGGGUGUGAAUUUCCCAGCGCACUUGGUGGUGAUCAAAGGAACCGAGUAUUACGACGGAAAGACGAAGAGAUACGUCGACAUGCCCAUCACCGAUGUCCUCCAGAUGAUGGGAAGGGCCGGGCGACCCCAGUUCGACGACUCCGGCGUUGCUGUUGUCCUCGUCCACGACAUCAGAAAGAACUUCUACAAGAAAUUUCUGUACGAGCCAUUCCCCGUGGAGUCCAGUCUGCUGGAGGUUCUCCCUGAUCACAUCAACGCUGAGAUCGUGGCAGGGACGAUUGCCUCGAAGCAGCAAUUCCUGGAUUACCUCACGUGGACGUAUUUCUUCAGAAGAUUGAUGAAGAAUCCACAGUAUUACGCCUUGAGCGAGCUGGAGCCAGCGAGUGUCAACCAGUAUCUCUCUCAUCUCGUCGAUGGGACGUUGGUAGUUCUGACUGAGUCACAGUGUGUGGCUUACGAGGACGAGGAUCAGAGCCUCUGUCCCCUGCCCCUGGGGAGAAUAGCCUCCUACUAUUACCUCUCACACCAGACGAUCAAGUACUUCAGUGAGGAAUUGAGGGACAAUCUGGGGCUGGUGGACUGCCUGAGGAUCCUGUGCAACGCUCACGAGUACAGUGAGCUUCCUGUCAGGCACAAUGAGGACAUUCUGAAUGAGGAGUUGGCCAAGAGGUGCAGGUACCCUGGGGAGCCACAGACAUACGAUUCCCCCAAUACCAAGGCUUUCCUCCUAUUUCAGUGCCACUUUUCAAGGACCACUCUUCCCUCAACUGAUUAUACCACUGAUCUCAAGUCUAUUCUGGAUCAGGCGAUCAGGAUUCUUCAGGCUAUGAUUGAUAUCGUGGCUGAGGGGGGCUGGUUGUCCAGUACUUUGAGGAUUAUGCAGCUGCUGCAGAUGAUUAUCCAGGCCAGGUGGAUCGACGAGUCUGCUCUGCUGACACUGCCACAUGUGGAGAGGGAGAACCUGAGGGUUUUUCAGAAACUGCCAAGGGCCUUGCCAGCUUUCUGUGCCAUUGCUAGUUCUAAUGAGAGGAGGAUACAGGGGGCGCUGAGGGAGGAGUUCCAGGAUCAGGAGAUUGGGGAGAUCCUGCAAGUGGCCAAGACCCUGCCCAUGGUGGUCGUUGGGCUGAGCCUGCAGGGGGGCGACGGGGACGAGGUGAGGGCUAUUGACGUGGUGAGGAGGGGGGAAGACUGCCUGGAGGUACGGGCCAGUGGGGAGUACACGUUGUUGAUUGAGCUGAGGAGGUGCAAUCCCAGUGGCGCGAGGGUUCACAGCCCCAAGUUCUUGAAGGAGAAGGGGGAGGGCUGGUUCGUGGUCAUUGGAGAUGUCAAGGGGAGGGAGGUGUGGGCGAUGAAGAGGAUAGCUGGGGUCGGACCGGUGGGCAGGACUCAUCAGCUGCAGUUCACAGCUCCAGAGUUUCCAGGGAAAACACAGUUAACAUUCUACCUGAUGUCGGAUUCUUACAUUGGUAUGGACCAGCAGUAUGACAUCCCAAUGAACGUAACAACUUGAAGCACGAAUGUUGAUUUGUGUUUUGCACUUAAAUCAAUUGCAUAAAUGUAAUAUAAAUAAAACAAAUCAUUUAUACUCUUUAUGUUGACAAAUUGUGGAGUAAAUUUGUAUUGAAGCAUCGUC